AUGUCGGCUGCGCCAUCGACGCCACCACGGAACUCUGUCGCGUUCCCGGGGGGCGCGGACGAGCACGCCACGCCGGGAAGGCGCGUAGAAGGGAAGGGCGGGCGGUCGUUGAGCGAAUUGCUCCGACUGCAUGCAGAGAAGGGGACGGACUGUAACUUUACUCCAGAAGAGGCGAAGCAGGUGGGGGAGGUGCUGGGUCAAUGGAUCAACGCUGGAUCUUCGCCAUAUGAAGGGGAGGAUGACUUCUUCUCCCGAGCACAGGACGACUCGGCCAUCCCCUCUUCGCGACCAGCUUCCGCAGUAGACGGUCGUCCUCGUGGUAAGAGCGAGGGCGCCGCACGGAGCGACUCCAAGUCAUGA